UAGGGUCUUGUAAUAGCUCUCUCGGUUUAGCCAACUCUGGGUGCAACUGCGUUUUUCAUAUAAAUUUGUUAAUUUCUGUGUUUACUCUCUUUCCGAAAAUUGUUUAACAAUUUUUUGUGGUAGGAACGCAGUACGGUCUCUCCAAAUAGGCGACUGUUGUCCAAUUUAAUGAAAAACGCAGCUUGGUCCCACUAAUUCCAGGGCUACAGACUUGACUGUUGCUGUAUUUGUUUUUGUAAAUGAGAAGAGAAGCGACAAAACAAAACUUGAAAUUCAAAAUAAUAUAUUUGAAUAACUCGUGUACGGAUCAAACAAACACAUAGUCAUGGCCGCAGGGAUAACCACCAAGGAGCGCCUGGAACGCCUGAUGAAUGCAAAGGCCCAGUUGGAGGCACAGAUUGCCAAAAACGGAAACAUUCUGGUCGCCAACGCCAAUGUGGGCAUGAACGGGCCACUGGUGGAUGCGGAAGGCUUUCCACGCAAUGACAUCGAUAUCUACCAGGUUCGACAGGCCCGCCAGACCAUCAUUUGCCUGCAAAACGACCACAAGGAACUGAUGAACCAAAUUAGUAGCCUGCUCAACCAAUAUCACAGCGAAAUAGCCACCACUGAUCCCGAGCUGGUGAAUCGCGCCUCUGCCCUAGGCUUGGAUGAUGAUGACCGGUCUAAGGCCGGAGCUAAUUUAACAAGUUUCGCGCCAGUUCGUUCCAUCGUUCUGGUGAACCUAGUCAGCCCAUAUUCCCCUGCAGAAGAAGCUGGACUUCGUGAGGGCGAUGGCAUCCUGCGUUUUGGCUCAAUAAACAGUAAUAACUUCAAGGGAGAUCUCGCCCAGAUUGGCGAGUUGGUUCGACACAUGCAGAAUCAAAACGUUGAACUGAAAGUGAAGCGUGGUGAACAGCAGCUGGACCUGAUUUUGGUACCAAAGACCUGGAGCGGUCGCGGACUGUUAGGCUGCAACAUCGUCUUGCCGCCCGAAUCCAUGGAUGACUCUUAAUUAUCAUACUGACCGCUUGACCCAAAAAUGUUGGUCUAAAUUGUUGAACAUUGAUUUUUAGUUAGGUAGACUGUUUUUAAAUGCAUUUCCAGGUCAAUUUGGUUGGAGUCACGGUGUGUAGCUGACAGCCAGGUCAGUGUGCCAAGGAGCAGCAUUUUAGAGUCAAGGCGAGAGACUGAAUCCUAUUUGACAAUUUGAAAUGCGAACGAAUUCUUUUUUAAUAAAAAUAAAUGGUUUUACUUCAAGUAAAAUAACCAAGAACUUUAUUAAUCCCUAUUUUAAAUGGAACUUAACAAAAAAAGAACAAUCCUA